UAUAAACUCAUCUCUUACUCUCGGUCUCUCUUUCCUAAGCAUCUUCCUUUGAUUAUUUUCUCUCUCUCUCUUGAUCAUUGAGAAAAAAAAAACCCAGAAAAAAUCUAUCUUUCUUCUCUCCACUAUAUUACACCAUUUUCUCAUCCUCAAAUCAUAAACCCAAAAACAAAACCUAAAAAAAAACACCACAUACCCAUUAUAUUGCUGUAACAAAAAAAAAAAAUGGAUUCAAAUAGUAACAACAACAAAUCCAUAAGCAGGAAAGUUGUCGACCAACUCGUCGAAGGCUACGGAUUCGCUACUCAGCUUCAGCGUCUACUCUCUCAUCAACACUCUAACAACCACAUCGAUCAGACCCGUAUUGUUUCCGGGUCGGGUUCAGUUCCCGGUGAUCCGGAUCCCGCUGAAGAGCUCAUAGCUAAGAUCUUGGAAUCUUUCCAUAAAACCAUAUCGGUUCUUGAUUCUUUUGAUCCCAUCGCCGAUGUCUCUGUCCCUAUCGCCGUCGAGGGUUCACGGAAUGCUUCAUGCGGCGAUGAUUCGACGGCUCCGGCGAGUUGCAACGGUGGAGAUUCCGGCGAGAGUAGAAAGAAACUUGGGGUUGGUAAGGGUAAAAGAGGCUGCUACACUAGAAAGCCGAGAUCGCAUACUUGGAUCGUGAUAGCUAGAAGAAUUGAUGAAGACAGAUAUGCUUGGAGGAAAUAUGGACAAAAAGAGAUUCUUAAUAGCAAAUUCCCAAGAAGUUACUUUAGAUGCACACACAAGCCAACACAAGGGUGCAAAGCAACGAAGCAAGUCCAGAAACAGGAGCAAGACCCUGAGAUGUUCCAAAUCACAUACAUUGGCCACCAUACAUGCACUGCUAGCGACCAAACACAAACAAAGACCGAGCAAUUUGAUCAAGAAAUAAUCAUGGAUUCGGACAACACAGUGGCUGCAACCACUGUUAAGGUACAUGAGCAAGAGAACAACAUCAGUAGUGUAAUAACGGGUUUAAGCGCAGGCAUGGUUAAGGAAGAAGAGAAUAACAAUGGUGAUCAUAAUAAAGACUAUUGUGAGGGUUCUUCCACAGAUGGGGACUUGUCAUUGGUUUGGCAAGACGUGAUGAUGCUUGAUGAUCAUCAACACCAUCAGAAUCACUACUAUCAUGGUGAGACUAGAACUACUUCGUCUCAACAAUUCUCUUUCAUUGACAACGAUCAGCUUUACUCCUUAUUCGACUCAUAUGGCGCUUAAGAAGGAACUAGUGCUAUAUGAACAUUCGAAUAUGACUCAGGAUCAGGCUUGUAAUAUUUUCUCCUUCUAUCUCUCUGAGUAUGUUUAGUGGAAUGUAAUAUUUUGUUGUAUGUUUGAUAAAUCACCAUAUGACAUAUAUACUUCUCCUUCUACAUUUCUCUCUUAUUUCAAUUUUUUGAACUGA